GGUUGUCCAUUCACCUUGGAAAUUGAAGUUGACUUUCAUACGCGCCAACGAUCGAUCAGAACAAUGCAGGUGGAAAUUAUAAUAGCGAUGGCGUUCCUCAGCAUAUUCACAUUUUGCGAAGAGGGAUACGUUUUCCCUGAUGACACGAAGGCGACCAUGAAGGAAACAAAGAAGCCUAAGGAAAUUAAAAAAGCAGCGAUCGCGUCGAAGAACGUAAAGGGUGCCGUCAAGGCUGCCAAGAAGGCGAAGAAGAAUAAGAAGGACUGCGCUAGGAAAUGCGGGGACGAUCUUGCUUGCGUUCACGAUCCCGCGGAUGCUAAUUUCAAGCUAAAGACCUUCGGCACGCAGCGCACUCUGGACGUUCCCAACUGCAAGAUAGAAACAAGCAAGUAAAGCGGAGAUAGAAUCG